UACGCGUAGCGCCAGAGGAAGGAAGGAGGGACUGGGCUUCAGGGAUUUUAUCUGCAUACUGUGUCAGGUUCUACCGGGGGAUGCUAACGGAAUAACGACCACAGUCAUGCGUUCAUCAACAUACGAAAAAUAAACAUUGCAACGGUGUCAUUCCGUUCAUAAUAGUAAUAUUUGAUGAAAUACCGUGUGGAAUAAGCAGCUAUAUUUUACAUUUUGGGAGAUUUGACUACUGCACCUACACAGCAGACGACCACCAUGGCAGACAGUUUUAUGGGCAAGGCGGCUACCAUGGAGAUUCCUAUCAACAGCAACGGAGAGACCCUGGCUGAGGAUGACAGUUUGGAGCAGGUGGGUCAUAUGGCUGCAAAGAUUCAGUGGACCUUAGAUGAGAAGGACCUGCAGCAGGUGAUGGUGUCUGGUCCCAACCUGAAUGAGACCAGCAUCGUGUCUGGAGGCUACGGAGGACCUGCAGGGGGCAUCAUACCCACCUCCUCCAUCAAAGGCCCUGCUAUCCACUUCAACCCUCAGUAUGUGGACAGGAGACGUCCCCCUGCCCUUAACUGUGCCCUUGUCCCUGGAGCCGAACCUCAGCCCACAGACCUGCGAAUGAAGUCCAGGGCACAGGGUGUAGGUCUGGUCCCCAGCCAGUCAGCAGCCAGCAGGAUAGCCAACCAGAACCAGACUGACCAGCCAUUCACAGGGUCGGGGAUGCACCACAGUAACAGCAACCAGAACAUGUCAGUGGAGGAGGCUAAUCGUGGUGUGGCUGUGGAGAAACUAGACAGCGUUAAGAAGUGGGGCAUCAACACCUACAAGUGUACCAAGCAGAUGUUCUCUGAGCGGUUCGGCCGUGGUUCUCGGACGGUGGACCUGGAGCUGGAGGCCCAGAUAGACGUGCUCAGGGACACCAAGAGGAAGUACGAGUCUGUCCUGAGACUGACCAGCGCCCUGACCAGCCACUUCUACAACCUGGUCCAGACCCAGCAGGCCCUGGGGGACACCUUCGCGGACCUCAGCCAGAAAUCACCUGAACUACGGGAUGAGUUUGGCUACAACGCGGAGACCCAGAAGUUGUUGUGUAGGAAUGGGGAGGCUCUUCUUGGAGCCAUCAACUUUUUUGUGUCCAGCAUCAAUACACUGGUCAACAAGACAAUGGAGGACACACUGAUGACCAUCAAACUGUACGAGGCUGCAAGGCUGGAGUUUGAUGCGUACAGGGCCGACCUGGAGGAGUUGAGUCUGGGUCCUCGUGAUGCUGCCACCAUGGUGCGUAUAGAGGUGUCCCAGCAGCAGUACCAGGUGCAGAGAGACAAGUACGAACGGCUGCGCUCAGACGUCACCAUCAAACUCAAGUUCCUGGAAGAGAACAAGGUGAAGGUGAUGCACAAGCAGCUGCUGCUCUUCCAUAAUGCUAUCUCAGCCUACUUCGCUGGGAACCAGCAGCAGUUGGAACAGACACUGAGACAGUUCAACGUCAAGUUAAAGCCCCCAGGGUCAGACAAGCCCUCCUGGCUGGAGGAGAGCUAGAGUGAUCAGCUCCCAGUCUCCUGGGCUUGUAUGUAUCAAGCAUCUCAGAGUACUAGUACUGAUCUAGGAUCAGUUUUGCCUUUUAGAUAAUUAUGAAUCAGAUUAUGUGGAUAGGCAGGACUUGAUCCUAGAUCAGCACUCCUACUCUGAGAUGCUUGAUACAUUUGGCCCCAGGUCUCAGUCAGGUCUCUGGUAUAUUAGGGACACAGAUGGAGAGACACACUGGGGUUGGAAGAAACAAGAGGAAUGGAUGGAUGAGUAGACGGAAGAACAGAUAUAUGAAACCAACACAAACUGUAUAUACAAACCAGAGAUGGGACAAGUAGAGACUAGUGAUGAUCAUACUAAGGGGAAAAGAACGCAGUUCUUACAUUUAGUUUUGCCAAUACAUUGCUCAUUCGUUUAUAGAAUGUCUAUUUUAUGUUGAUUUGUUGUGUUAAUAAUUAUUCUCAACAGAGCGUCAUUAUGUUGUUGCUAUGUAGCAUAACUUUUAAUUUAUCAUACUUUGACAAGUUAUUCUAAGAUUAUAGUUUACACAUAAAUGUUAUCAUUAUUUUCAAAUAGUUUUCACUCUUUUGUAAAGCGUACUGUAAAGCAUUCCAGAGGUCAUCAUUUGAAAGGUCAGUAAACUAGAAGAUAUUAAGAAUAGGCUAUGUAUCUGGACCAGUUACAUUGUUUGUACCUGGUGACGAUUAGAGGUAUAUUUAUUGAUGAGCAAAGGGAGAAAGAAGCCUACAGUCUGUGGUAUACUAUUGAUGACAGAAGUUAUGGGAUAAAGGGGCAAUCUUGGAUUUGUAAAAACAAAAAGCAGUCAACAAUCAAUGGCUAUAUAUCAUGAAUUUAAAAGUCAAAAAAUGAAUUUGUACCAAUCCCAGAUUGCCCCUUUGUCUACCAAUAAUUUUGAGGACAGGAAAUACAACUUUUGCAUUUACAAUAAUCUCUCUCUGAUUAAUCCUGCAUAUAAUUACACAUGUAUUGUCUUUAACAUAUCUAAUAUCUCAAUAAUCAAAUAGAGUUAACAUUUGUUCAGAAAAAUACCUAGACUUGGGCCUCCCGAGUGGCACUGCAUCGCAGUGCUUGAGGUGUCACUACAGACCCUGGUUCGUUCCCAGGCUGUGUCACAACCGGCCGUGACCAGGAGACCCAUAGAGCGGCGCGCAAUUGUCCUAACGUCGUCCGGGUUAAAGGAGGGUUUGGCCCAGCGUCGUCCGGGUUAGAGGAGGGUUUGGCCCAGCGUCGUCCGGGUUAGAGGAGGGUUUGGACCAGCGUCGUCCGGGUUAGAGGAGGGUUUGGCCCAGCGUCGUCCGGGUUAGAGGAGGGUUUGGCCGGCACGAAUGUCUGUCUCAUCUCUCAUUAGCGACUCCUGUGGUGGACCGGGCGCAGUGCACGCUGACACGGUUGCCAGGUGCACAGUGUUUCCUCCGACACUUUGGUGCGGCUGGGUUCCGGGUUAAGUGGGCAUUGGGUCAAGAAGCAGUGCGGCUUGGUUGGGUUGUGUUUCGGCAGACGCACGGCUCUCGAUCCUUCGCCUCUCCCGAGUCCGUUGGGGAGUUGCAGCGAUGAGACAAGAUCGCAAUUGGAUGUCACGAAACUGAUUCCAUUUAAAUGUAUAUGUUCUUGUUAGGUUUUUAUUUUGUUUUCUCUCACAUUUCCACAUCAAUGUUGUGUCUUGUUUUAAAACAGAUAUGGACCUGGUGUACAGUAUAUUAAAUGGUGGUUUACAGUAUAUGGUUUGAUAUUUCCAUAGAGACUUGAUGUUUCCCCACAGAAGCUGUACAGUAAUAACAAUCCGUCCACUGAAUAUGUUGUUGUAGUCAUCAUCUGUAUAAGUACUGUACCAUAUUGUGUUCAUACAUUACAUGGCAAUACAAUCCAAAACAUGUCUGAAAAGUGA